GCUGGCGUCGCUGCUUCGAGCUAGUGUGGCUAGAAGAGGGCGUCAUACCCACCGGACAGCCAUGGUUAUAGAGGAGCACAACAACAACAACAACAGCAGCAACAACAAUUAAAACAAUGCUACGAAAAUAAAUAAGGCCUGUCGCUUUUUUAAGCAGCGAGGAGUUUUAUUUACCCCCCCCCCCUCACCUCCUCCUCCUCCCUCAUCCAGCCGAGGUUGACCGCAUCACUGUGACGUCACAUUUCGGACUUUUGGAACAAGUUGUUAUUGGAGGCGUAAAAUAUCUGUUGCUACAGCGCCUUGGGCACCAAGAGGAGUAUUUAGAAUAAUCAUGAAUACCCACGAGUCAGACGUGAGCACCAUCUCUCCAGAGCUGCCAGCAAUGUUUGACGGCAUGAAGCUGGCAGCGGUGGCCACGGUGCUCUACAUCAUCGUCCGCUGCUUGAACCUCAAGAGCCCCACUGCGCCCCCGGACCUCACCUACCAGGACACGGCCCUGAACCGCUUCCUUCUCAAGUCCUGUCCUCAACUGACCAAAGAGUACAUUCCUCCCUUACUGUGGGGUAAGAGCGGUCACCUCCAGACGGCACUGUAUGGUAAACUUGGUCGGGUGAGCUCACCCCACCCCAGUGGAGUCAGGAAGUACUUACCCAUGCAGGACGGGGCCACUGCGACCUUUGACCUGUUUGAGCCAAUGGGGGACCAUCGAACAGGAGAUGACAUCACCAUGGUGAUAUGCCCUGGUAUUGGUAACCAUAGUGAGAAGCAUUACAUCCGAACCUUUGUGGAUUACGCCCAGAAGGACGGUUACCGCUGUGCCGUGCUGAACCACCUGGGAGCUCUUCCCAACAUCGAGCUAACUUCUCCGCGCAUGUUUACCUACGGGUGCACAUGGGAGUUUGCAUCUAUGGUCGGCUACAUUAAGAAGACGUAUCCUCAGACUCAGCUGAUCGUGGUGGGCUUCAGUCUGGGUGGAAACAUAGUAUGUAAGUUCCUGGGCGAGAACACAAUGAACCAGGAGCGAGUGCUGUGUUGUGUCAGCGUCUGUCAGGGGUACAGUGCUCUCAGGGCCCAGGAAACAUUCCUACAGUGGGACCAGUUCAGACGCUUCUAUAACUUUCUCAUGGCUGACAACAUGAAGAAAAUCAUCCUCUCACACAGGCACAGUUUGUUUGCGGGGAGCUCAGUUAAAAAGAUAGACGCAGAUCUUAGUCGGCUGUACACAGCGACAUCCCUCAUGCAGAUCGACGACAACAUCAUGAGAAAAUUCCACGGCCACAGCUCUCUCAAAGAGUACUAUGAGAAGGAGAGUUGUGUACAUUAUAUUCACAAUGUAAAGGUGCCACUGCUGCUAGUGAACUCUGCAGAUGAUCCUCUGGUUCAUGAUUCACUGCUCACCAUCCCUCGCACACUAGCAGCAAAGAAGCCGAAUGUGAUCUUUUCCCUGACGCUACACGGAGGCCACCUGGGCUUCUUCGAGGGUGCGGUGCUCUUCCCCCAGCCGCUCACCUGGAUGGACAAAGUGAUUGUGGGUUACGCCAAUGCGAUGUGCCAGUGGGAGAAACAGAAACCGCCGUGCCAAAGUGCACACCCGAGUGAGAGCUCCUGCGCAGAGAAAAAAGCUUAAACUUCUGACCUCUGUAUCUGUCUCACUCUUCCUCUCCCCUCUCACUCUCUCCAACCCCACUGUCCCAGCACUGAGGAGACACCUGAACUAAACCUUAAACUGCUCUCUCUUCUCUGCCUUCUCCUCUGGUGCUACUCACCGUUCCUGACCCACACUUACCAUUCACACGUCUUCAUGCCUUUACCACAGUUCCCCUUUGUAAUCACCAUCACCUUACAGUAUGUGACGGAAAACAAAAACAACUAACUGCCUUUGUGCUCUUUUCCGUUGCGAGGACUUUGAAUUCAAAGCAGGAACAUUUUGUUUCUCUUCGUGUACACGACAAUGAUCCUUGGCUAACGGAGGCGUUGACCAAAUAUGACGAGAGAUGAAGUCAAGCUGGAAUUAUAAAGAAAGUGAGAGCACCACUUUAGAGUAGUCCAGUGAAAAACAAGAGCACACAAGAAGCCUCCUAUUAGUGUAAACAAGGACUGUGCUGCAGUCGGUGCCCAUUUGCAGCACCUGUAAGAAGCUCACUGCUUAUCACCGCCAAGGCCAUAUAGCCUAGUCUGCUGUCUUAACCAACACAGCGUCUUUGUAGUAUGUAUGUAACUCACAGAUGUAGUGUGUAUGUCUGUGUGCGCCUGUGUCGACCGAGAGUUUAAAGACCCAUGACCGAGCAGGAGAUCUUUGUGUUUGGUAGGUGUGAUUCAAUUUCUCUGUUCAUGGUCUAUCUGCCCUUACGAUGUCUGUUCCUUUGGAUGAACCGUUGCUCUGUUGUUUGUAGAAAAUGUACAGUAGAUAAAUUAAGUAUUAUUGUGGGAUAUUAGACAUUAUUUCCAGCUCAUAACAUCCCCCCAGCACGUAUGUUCGGCACUUGAAAUGAAAAUGUUCAGUGCCGACCACACAUGACCAGGGAUCAACCCCAAAGGGGCUCCAUGCACAUUUCCACAGUUGCAUUCUAUCACUUUGAUUCAAGGCACUUUACACCGUGUAUGACACAAUCAUUUUAUUUUCCUCAUUAGUCAACGCGCAGGUAUGGAGGUUAUUGGUGGUUUAGCUCUCCUUGUGACCGAGAGGAAGAACUGACGGGAGCAGGGAUGAUGACGAAAAGUUAGAUGACUCAAGUGUUCCCUGUGUUGUCUUUUGUCCGUGUCUUUGAGCCCUCUUACUCUUUCAUCUGCCUUUGAUCAGCUGCUGGUCCAGCCAAGACUCUGAUAUCGCUCUCUUACUGCACAGACACAGACCUGCCACUGGCUAGCCUUUGAGCUCAACCUCAUUGGUGCAAACAUCUCAUUACAUUUUCUAACAGACGAUUUUGAAAAUGCAGCGGACUCAUUGGCCAUUGUGGUGCUGUUUUUAAAGGGAAAGUUCAGCAGUGCAAAGCAGAUUUUCUCUUAAUUAUCUGAGCUGUGAGGUGUGAUGAGUGGGAGGGCAGAGGAUACCAACUCUAAACCAAAUGUUUAUUUUAGUGGAUUGUUUGUAAAAUACUGUUGAUUGUUCUAUUGUAUAAUUAGAUGGAGGGCACUGCAUGCAAGAAAGAAGAGAGAGAUUUUGAUGCAAGGGAAUAUUUUUUGUUUCAUAGACAGCAGUGAAAAGCUUUUCUUUUUUUUCUUCACUGGGCUGAGUGUUAAAGUUGCAACGCAGCAGGGUCGAAAAAAACUGCUGAAAUCCAUCUCAGAUGUGUCUUGAUGAAAGCAUACUGCAAUAAUGGGACCUGUGGACUUUUCAAAACCUGAAUCUAAUUGAGAAAUUGUUUGCGAACCUUUUUGUAAGGGCUUAGGAAGCUUUUUCCAGUCCAGCCAAGUAAUCUGUAGUCUGCUAAACACUGUGAUGAGACAGAUGGAUGGUUUGAAGUGAUGAAGGGAUACGCAGUGAUUAACAACAGCACUUCUUGUAAGGCUGUUUAGGCCAAGGUUUGUGUGUUGUAAGACCUGGGUUUGAUAGUAUUUGAAAGCAGUAGCAUUUACAUUAAGUUGAGGGAAGUUUUGCAUAUCAGGACAGUUUGUAUAAUGGCACACACUGUCAAUAAUAGAAGUGUGCAGAAUAUUAGAACUAUGAAAUGCUCAAUAAUAUAGUAUAUAGUAAAUACGUUUUUUGUUUACACUCAAACGCAACGCUCACAAAACUUGAGCAACUCAUUCUUGUCCUUGGAAAUAGUCUGGGUUAUGUUUUUUUCUGUCAAAGUACUGUUAUAGUGAUUCUGAUCACUAUUUAAAUCAAAAUGGAUGUUCUUUCAUGACCACAGUUUAUGGAGAUCUGUUGUUUUUUUUUAGAUGUAUUUAGCUUAAAUGUAACCUCCUUUGGGGGAGAUUAUUCUAUGCAAAUACUGUGAAACCCAGGUAUUAAUCUCACCGAUACUGGCUUGGCUAAUGUGCAAUAUAGGGAUUCACCGAUCCAACUUUAUCCUUCUUAACUCAGGGUAUCUGCCGAAGUACCGAUCCGAUACCAGUGCCCUCUUUUUCCCACGUUUAAAACCUGUACACCUCACUGUGUGGAACUCAUUCCAAUCAUUUCUAUGUACUGUAAAAGUCAGCAGCCCACCAUGACAUUAAACUGAAACAUAUAAUGAAGUUGACAGUGAAACUGUAGUUAAUGUGGCGUCAUGGCUGAUACCUGAUCCAUUUGCUAAAGUGUUUGGGUCGGUGCAUGCCUACUUGGACAGUGUGGAUAUGUCUUUCUUUGCCUCUAAAGACUUUUCAUCCUGCAUUGUUCAAACCACAAAUCACUGUUGCCAUCUGCUGUCAGGGAGACGUAACUACAACUGCCAGUCACUGACGGCAAACAUCCUCUUUUUCACCUAUAGAGAUAUACGGUUCAUGGUUCACUCUGUCCACAGCUCUCAUUUCAAUAAAACCAGGUGUGGUUUGAAUUUAUUGUGGCUCGCAGAAAAAUCUGAUGAAUAUUGAUGACACCAGCACAAACCCAGUUUCUGCAGUAAGAGCCAUUUGUGUUCUUUUUAAGAGUUUUGCCUCCACCCAACUUUGCACAAAAAUGCAGGUUUGGAUGUAUUAUUUGGAUGUAUUUUUUUCUAGUUGAUUAUUUUGGGUAUUUUUUUGUAUUUUGUAUUGUUAAUAUGACAUUUCUUUGUUAUUUGCUUGUGCAAAUGCAUCAGAGUGUGAGUGCUGAGUACAGUACGUGUAUACUGUGUCAUAUCACCACCUCUGAUUGACAAAAACCAAAACUUAUUCACUUUAACAAUGGAAAAAAAUGAAGAAAUAUAUAAAGAUAGUGUAUAUUCAGAUAUUUAAGGGAACAGGAAUGGAAAAUAAAGGCAAUAACCAACUAGGAGGGAUUCUCUUGUCAUUUUGAUGCUAAUGUGACGGGAAACAAUGUUGACGUAUAUUAGACCAAAACAUGUCAUAUACAUUAAGAUAAUUUUCUCAUGGAGUGUUGGAUCUGAAAUGUUGUUUUACUGUGUUGAUAUGAUAAUGUGCUCCGCUGUAUUUAUCCUAACCCCAGUGCUUCAAGCAUCUUGUUUUUCAAGAUUGUGGGCUCAUGUUUAAUUGCUUGGAAAACAGAAGAAUUUAAAUAUAAACCUCUCCAGUGAUUUAAAUGUCAGUGAAUCCCAAACACCUUGGAUUGGAAUGAACAUUGCUCAGUGUUGUGUUCUUCUAAAAAUGUUUUUUUCAUUUGAAAAUCUUAUCUGCCCAAACAAGUGGAUGAGAGCCCACAGUAUGUUAACCCGCAGUAAUCAUUAUACAGCUUUAAUUUUACACAAAUAAUAUACAAAUAUUUUGAUGCUGAAAGACUGUAAGGGGUGUGGUGACGACUCGAAGGGGCACACAUAGUCACACAACAUGAUGUACUCUGAUAUUGAACACUGGGUGUUUUUGUUGAAGAAAACCAGUGGUGUGUGUGAUCUAGUUAUGUGAGGAAAUAUGGUUAUUGUGUUCCAAAAUAAAUUAUUUUCUCAAAAGAAAA